AAAAAACGUUUGGUCCACAAAACUUUUAAAACAUAUGUUCCACAGAAGCGGACCCCUGGGUCAACUUUAAAGUCUCAGACACAAGACGCCCUUUUCCAUGCAGCCCACCGCGCCUAAUUCCUUACCGCCUCAGCCGGGACUGUCUGCGCCUCCGUCCCCUACCGAGCUGCCGGCGUCUCUCGGCCGCCGUAGGCCCUUGAUGACGUCACGCGGCGGCGUGGCCGGUUUCCCUGGUGACGGUUGCCGGGGCAGCGCAAGACGCGGUCCGGAAUUGGUGACAGAACUGCAGCAGCCCAUAAAAGGAGCAGAGGGGUGACCACUUUAAGUGCGCAGGAAAGUGCGGAAGGGCCCGGGCGGGAAUCGAGGGAGCCGGCCGCCGCCCGAGAGCCUGGCCGGAGCCGCAGCGCACACGCUCCCCCACCGAGCGCGCGGCUGGCCGCUCACUGCGUGCAGGGCGCAGAGCGACGGCUCUUCUACGUUCGUUCUGUAAAUCCUCACCCGCGGCUUCCUCCCCUCGCCCAGCAGACACUCAUUUUCCGCGCGAUACAGAGGUUAGGCGCAGACGGGCAAGAUGGCAGAGGAUGAAGGCUCUCAGGACACCUUGCGGCUCCAGUUCAGGGCCAUGCAGGAGAUGCAACACAGACGGUUACAGAAGCAGAUGGAGAAACGGAGGGAAAAAGAACUGAGCCUCCAAAGCAAAGUCGAUGACCAAAAAGAGCCCCUAGAGAUCUCCGAUGGCCUCAGCGUCCUCCAAGCCGGGGAGCAGAACUCGAAAACCAGCUUUGAGCAGAGGGUGCUUGAGGACGAGAUCCAACAGCUUCGGGGUCAACUCAGGGAAACAGUGGAUGAGAACGGGCGAUUGUAUAAGCUGCUGAAGGAGAGGGACUUUGAAAUCAAACACCUCAAAAAGAAAAUAGAAGAGGACAGAUUCGCCUUCACAGGAACAGCCGGUAUGGCUGGGGACGUGAUUGCCACCAAAAUCGUUGAGCUCUCCAAAAAGAACCGUGUGCUGAUGGCAGAGUCUGAGGGUGCGAAGACCAGAGCAAGGCAGCUAAGCAACCGCAUCCAGGAGCUGGAGCAGGAGCUGCAGACAGCCCUGGCCAAGCUGCCAGCCAAGGGGGCCGCCAACGCAGGAGCCAAGCUGUCAAGGACCCAGAUGGGAGACAGAGCCUUGCCGGAGAGCCCAGAGUUAAAGGUCUUGCAGGACAGGCUGGCGGCCACAAACCUGAAGAUGAGUGACCUUCGCAACCAGAUCCAGGCUGUGAAGCAGGAGCUCCGGAUGGCCCAGAAGGUUUUGACCAGCGAGGUUGGGGAAGAUGUGAACAUCCAGCAGCUCCUGUCCUCUCCUGGGACCUGGAGGGGUCGGGCUCAACAAAUUCUCGUCUUGCAGAGCAAGAUCCGCAACCUGGAGAGGGAAAAACAGGAAGGCUGGGAGAAACUUGCAGCGGAGCGCGACGUCCUCCAGAGAGAGCUCGAAGAGCUGAAAAAGAAGUUUGAAGGCAUGCGGUCCCGGAACAGGGUGCUGUCGAGCGAAGUGAAGACCCUCAGGAGUCAGAUGGGGACCCUCGUGGAGAAGGGCCGGCACGACGACGAGCUCAUCGACGCCCUCGUGGACCAGCUGAAACAGCUACAGGAGAUUCUGGGCAGCCUGAGCCUGCAGGAGGAGAAGACACGCGUGUCCCAGCACCACCUGGACCAGCAGCUCAACAACGAGGCUCAGCGGAGCAGCAGCCUGGUGGCCCAGCUGCAGGCCAUGGUGGCUGAGCGGGAGGCCAAGGUGCAGCAGCUGGAGCUGGAGAUUGGGCAACUCAGUGUGCAGUAUCUUGGGAAUAAAGGAGUAGGUGAGGGGUCUGGUGGGCCUGAGGUCAACUCCGCCUACACCAAGUUGCCCGAGGACCCGAGCCUGACCAAGACCCCGGCCACAGCAGGCGAUCACACUGGCAGGAUUGGAUCUUCUCGCUCCGUGACCAGCCUGGGCCACACGCUGGUGGAAUCUGCCCUCACGUGGCCUUCCGUGCCCAGCCCUCACGGGGCCUCACCCAGGUUCUCGGACUCUCCAGAACAGAAAGGCUGGAAGACACAGGUGACAGAGUUCAAGGCCCUCUGGCAGGCCGCUGAGGUGGAGCGUGACCGGCUCACCGAGUUUGUCACCGUCCUGCAGAAACGGGUGGAGGAGAGCAACCGCAAGCUGCUGGCGUCGGAGAGGAAGCUGCAGGAGGAGCGGCACCGCACCGUGGUGCUGGAGCAACACCUAGAGAAGAUGUGCCUGGAGCCCGGGAGGACGUCGGCCUCUCAGAGAGCAGCCCCCAGGAGCAAAACAGGUCUGCCUGCCUCUAACAUCAGGCACAACCCGAAUGAGAGUGAGAGGAAGGACCCAUUCUCCGCCCCGUUCUCCAGUGUGCCCGUGGAAUCCCAGAUGGAAGAGGUGACCACCAGGCUGGCCAUCCAGGUGGAGGAGAAUGAGAUGCUGAAGGCUGCCCUGGGCAGUGCCCUGCGGGGAAAGGAGGAGGACUUCCGUAUGUACCAUGAGACCCUGGGCCAAGUGAAAGGGAUCUUCCUGCAGGCCCUGCGGCAGCAGAAGGCAGACAAACACUAGGAUGGCAGCUCAGCGUCAGCCUGGCUGGAUGGCGCAGCCUCAGGCCUUGAGAGGACGAGGCUUUGUCUGAAGACUCCAUCUGUUCCUGGAAGCCAACCUGGGGCAGCCAGCUGGGCCCCUUCUCCCAGAAGAGGCUCUGAAGAGCAACCAAAGCCAAACUUCCACGGCAGGAGGGCAAAGGAGAAGCCCUGAGCAGGCUUGGCCACUGCAGGGAAGGAGACUCCACAGCCUGUCAGCACCUGCGAGAGCGCCGGGAUGAGAAGCCAACUGUGAACAGACAGACGCAGUCCCAUGGGCAGGUGCUCAUUGCCCUUGUCCGAAGGCCUAGCAGGGGACCCUGCAUGCCCACAGGACUCCACCCUUGCUGGAGAGCCCAGAGGGCUCUGGGCUGGGAGCAUCCCCUAGGCCACCCAGCCCCACCCUCCCUUCCUUACCAGAGCAUCCUCACACCCCCUUCUCCCUCCAUGGCUCCAUCUGUGGCCAUCCCCACCUACCACAGCCUUGGGGGUACCACACUCCCAGCCACCUUUUGGCCCACCCCUCAGGGCUUUUCCUUAGAUGCAGAACCAGGGUCUUAUAAUAAUAACGAUGAUUUUCAUAAUCACUGCAGCUCCCAGUGAGUGGGCAUCUUCUGUGUAAACCUGACCCGAUCUAGGCCUUUAGUAACCUAGGGAGUUAUCACCCUGUUUUACAGAUGGAGAAACUGAGGCUCACAGAAAGACACUGAGCUAAUAUUUAACCCUGGUCUGCUUGACUCCGAAAGCCCGGGUCCUCCAGUUCAGUGGAUUACCCAGGGUGGGCGUGCCUACGCCAGUGCUGGGCAGCUCUGCCACAAGAGGUACCUCCUUCUGCUUCCAAGAGGCACCUCCUUCUGCUUCCAAGAGGCUGCGGUUGGUGGGUGCUGGUGGCAGAGGGCAGAGGUGGGGUCGGCCCGGAAUUUCGGGCAGGAGGAUUUUGAGGCAGAGGGUCCAGGCAAAGGCAUAGUAUACCUCCCUCACCACGGCACAGGGAUGAGCUGGGAGGGCUGCUGCAGGAGAGCCCCCAGGCCCUGCUGUGACUGCCUCAGUGUCACCACCUCUCGACUGCAGUCCCAGCCACGGGGAGGGGUGGCUCCAAAAAGGGUCACCCACAGCCACCUACCCCAACCCCAGUGCACACACAGGCACACACAAAAGACGCAGAUCCACACAAAUAGCUAGGCUCAGGAGCAUGCAGCCGUCUGUGUACAUGCAUAUGCGUACACACGGUGCUGAGUCCACACUCACAGGCCCCUCUACACAGGCGUGUGAGCACACGUGUGUGGGUGGGUGUAGACACACAUUCCCACUCAGGAAGACCUGUCACUUGUGCCUUGCACGUACUAUGAAAACACUCCCCUAGGGAAGCCACCUUCCUCAGGGAUGGGGCUGAGGAGGGACUCCACGCCAGCCCCCACUCAGGGAGCCUCCCACCCCGCAUGGGGUGAGAGGUCUAGAGACCUCCAGCUAGUGUUGUGAAGGCCAUCAGGAUGAAGCAGUAAUUCUGGAGGUGGGGGUCCUAAGGUUUCCUGGGACAGAGGGUUUUCUGACCCCACGUAAAGGGCAAUGGCCAGGCAGAGCCAGAGAGAGGGAGAGGGCCUGUGCCUGGAGGGGACUGUGUGACAGCAAGAAGUGAGCCAAACACAGAUCGCCAGGCCAAGGGGCCAGCACUUCUCCUGCAGGCACUGGCCCUCAGUGCAGCCCUGGGGAGGGGGAUACAGGCAUAGGACUGGCUGUCCUUCUCAGGGAUGAUCAGAGUGGCAGGGGUCACCUCAGGGAAGCACAGGGUGGUGUGACCAACACCCUGACCAUUCAAGGGUAGUUUUGCUGCCCUUCCUGGCUCAGGGCUGGGCUGAGAGAGGAAAGGGCUUUAGGUCCUGGGGUCUGAAUGGGUAAGGGUGCCCAGCACAGAUCUCUCUCUACUCACCAUCUUUGUGGCCUUGGGCAAGUUACUUAACCUUGUGAGCCUCCAUGUCCUCAUCUGUAAAAUGAGGGCAAUAAUAGAGACUUCCCUCAAGGGCCGUUAUAGGUGUCAGAGAAUGACUCAAAGACACUUAGCUGGUUAUUAGCUAACUGUUUACUUCUGUACAAGGGACAUGUAUCGAUAGAUUGAUUUCAUUCCACCAAAAUAAAAGCAAGGUUUAUAUAAGAGAGAUGGGGUGAGAAAACUGCAGUCAGGCAUAGUAAAUCUUGUUUGCACGUUUUUGGAUAAAAUGAUUAGCGGGCAUCUUGCAGAGGUCAGUCUGGGCAUCCAGUCCUUGCUUCAGCCAACUGUGGGUAUCAGUUGAACCAAUGGUUUCAAUUUACAGCCCGGAGAGCUCUGCUGUGGAGCUGUGUGCCAGGGGUCCCUCUCAUGUCUGCAGGCACCUGCCACCGGCACCCCAGCUUAAUUAGACCAGGUCUGCUCCAUUCCCCCAUCAGAAACCCGCUUCAGGACUCACUGAAUCAAAAGGUGCCAAGUGCUAGAGCAGCAGCCGGCACACAGUAAGUGCUCAAUAAAUGUUAGCCCUCACUAUUGCCUUUACUAGUUCAACAAAUAACCAUCCAGCAGCUCCUCUGCCCCAAGGCAGACAUGGUCCCUGAACUCCUGGAAGCCCAAGGCCAGCUGGGGAGAAAGAUUCCCAGGCCACCGUCCACUCAGCCAGCUGUCCAUCAGGCACUCAUUGAAUGCCAACUGCAUGCCAGCCUCUCCAGGCCUGUGAGGGGCCCGGAAGUGACUCUGACUUGGUGCUGCUUUCAGGGAGCUGCUGGUCCAGUCAAAGAGGUGUGGGAAAGAGAGGGCCAUGAUACAGUUUGUGUAAUCAGAGGGUGAUGGUCAGGGGAUGUAGAGACAGAAGGCAGCACCUCAGCCUCCUGCCUUCCCUGCUGCAGCUUCCAGGCUCAUUGCCCAGGUCUGGGUGGGGCGGGGGCUGUCCUUCCAACCUCCUUGCCAUGUGGGUUGGUAGACUGAAAGGGGCAGGCCUAGGGAGAGCCUUUAAGGGAAAGAGUGGUUGUCAAAGGGGCCAAGGACUGGGGCCCUGAAGGGUCUAACUCAGGUGGGCCAGGCAGGGAGUGGGGCGACCUGCUCGGUCCUGGUUAGUGCCUGUGGUCCCUCCUGAGCAGCACCACAUGUCCCCGGGGCCCUGAGGAUGACCUCCCCAGCCCUCAGGCAGGUGGGCAGCAGGUGGGCUGGACUUGUCUUUCACAGAUGAGAACACUGAGGCCCUGGACCAGGGCCACAAGGUGGUGGGAAUGGGAGACAGGUGCCUGGAGGGUGGAUGAGCAAGACACAAAGAGGCUGGUGUGGGGCGGCCUCACGUGAGGACUCUCCCUGUCCGUAUCCCAGGCAGCUGCAGCGGGCCUGAGCGCUCAGGUUCCAACACUGACAGGUGAGACCUGGUUAAGCCAUGGGUGUGGCUUGGCCGCUGUCCCUGUGGGUCCCCUGGGGCACCAUGGCUGAACUGGUUGAGGCUGUAGUCUGGCUCAAGCUGAUUCAAGCCUCAUACACACGCCAUUGCCCCUGGGCCCUCCCCUGCUCCCAGGAGCUCAGGCCAGGGCGGCCUGUCACGAGGGGACUGCUCUGGGCCCCCACAUCCAGCCAGAGCCAGCCUCUCCUCCCCACCUCCUCCCCUCGCAAGCCCCACAGGGAAAGCUCUGCCCACCCACCCCCUCUCCACGGGUGCUGCCUUGGCACAUUCCAUGUCUCCUCCAGUCCUUGAGCCUUACAUGCAGCCUCUAACAGCCUCUCUUUGUGAGCAAUUCAGUGAGCCAUGCCCUGAAAUCAGAGUGAGUCGCUGAAUCCCCGCAAGAACCCAGUGAAGUCAGGGCCGGCAGUGUGCCCAUUUACAGAUGAGUAUCUGAGGCUUGGAGAAGGGGAUGACCAGCGGGGCGGAGCUCAGGUCAAGUCAG